AUGCUAUUUUCAUCUUUUAUUUCUCUCUUCAUUUUAACUUUUUUCUUUCUUCCUUUCUUUCUUCCUUUUUUUCUUCCUUUCUUUCUUCCUUUUAUUUCUUUUUUCCUUUAUUUAUUUUUCUUUUCUUCUUUCCUAUUUUUUAACUUUUCUUUAUCCUUUCUUUUUCCUUUCUUUCUUCCUUUCUUCCUUCCUUUCUUUCUUUCUUCUUUCUUCUUUCCCUAUUUUUUUUCUUACGCUAUCACUCAUUUUUUUAACUUUUCUUUCUUCCUUUCUUUCUUCCUUUCUUUCUUCCUUUCUUUCUUCCUUUCUUUCUUUUUCUUCUUUCCCUAUUUUUCUCUUACGCUAUCACUCAUUUUUAACUUUUCUUUCUUCCUUUCUUUCUUCCUUUCUUUCUUCCUUUCUUUCUUCCUUUCUUUCUUUUUCUUCUUUCCCUAUUUUUCUCUUACGCUAUCACUCAUUUUUAACUUUUCUUUCUUCCUUUCUUUCUUUCUUUCUUUCUUUCUUUUUUCUUCUUUCCCUUUUUUUCUCUUAUUUUUCUUACGCUAUCACUCAUUUUUAACUUUUCUUUUUCUUCCUUUCUUUCUUUCCUUCUUUCUUUCUUUUCUUCUUUCCCUAUUUUUUUCUCUUACGCUAUCACUCAUUUUUUUUCUUUUCUUUCUUCCUUUCUUUCUUUCUUUCUUUCUUUCUUUUUCUUCUUUCCCUAUUUUUCUCUUACGCUAUCACUCAUUUUUAACUUUUCUUUCUUCCUUUCUUUCUUUCUUUCUUUCUUUUUCUUCUUUCCCUAUUUUUCUCUUACGCUAUCACUCAUUUUUAACUUUUCUUUCCUUCUUUUCUUUCUUUCUUCCUUUCUUUCUUUCUUCCUUUCUUUCUUCCUUUCUUUCUUCCUUUCUUUCUUUUUCUUCUUUCCCUAUUUUUCUCUUACGCUAUCACUCAUUUGUAACUUUUCUUUCUUCCUUUCUUUCUUUCUUUCUUCCUUUCUUUCUUUUUCUUCUUUCCCUAUUUUUCUCUUACGCUAUCACUCAUUUUUUCUUUUCUUUCUUCCUUUCUUUCUUUCUUUCUUUCUUUUUCUUCUUUCCCUAUUUUUCUCUUACGCUAUCACUCAUUUUUAACUUUUCUUUCCUUCUUUUCUUUCUUUCUUUCUUUCUUUCUUUCUUUUUCUUCUUUCCCUAUUUUCUCUUACCUUUUCUUUCUUUUUUCCUUUCUUUCUUUUUUCCUUUCUUUCUUUUUUCCUUUCUUUCCUUUUUCUUCUUCUUCCUCUCUUUCUUUUUCGCUAUCACUCAUUUUUUUUAA